CGCAGGCGCACCACGGCCCGGAGGCGACGAACGGGCGGUGUAGUCCAGGUCGGCCAUGGCUGAGGCGUCGCGUUGGUAUCGACCGGGGUCUUCAAAACAUAAUCUGCAUUACAUAAAGGAAGUAGAAAUUAGAACCACCCUUCAGGAACUGUUGCUGUACUUUAUCUUUUUAAUAAACCUAUGUAUAUUGACUUUUGGAAUGGUAAACCCACAUAUGUAUUAUUUAAACAAGGUUAUGUCAUCACUGUUUUUGGAUACUUCUGUGGCUGAUGAUGAAAGAACCAACUUUAAGUCUAUUCGCAGUAUCACUGACUUUUGGAAGUUUAUGGAAGGACCCCUUUUGGAAGGUUUGUACUGGGAUUCAUGGUACAAUAACCAGAGGCUAUACAAUUUAAACAACAGCAGUCGUAUCUACUAUGAAAACAUACUUCUGGGAGUACCCCGAGUCCGUCAACUAAAAGUCCGUAACAACACCUGCAAGGUCUACUCAUCCUUUCAGUCUCUGAUGCAUGAAUGUUAUGACAAAUAUACUUCUAAAAAUGAAGAUCUAUCUGAAUUUGGCCUCAGAACUGACACUGAGUGGAAAUAUUCUUCUUCUAAAACCAGUUCCCCUUUGCACUGGGGAUAUGUUGGUGUUUACCGAGAUGGGGGAUAUAUUUUCACCUUAUCAAAAUCAAAAUCUGAAACUCAAACCAAGUUUGUCAACCUUCGACUAAACAGCUGGAUCACAAGAGGAACUAGGGUCAUUUUUAUUGACUUUUCACUUUACAAUGCUAAUGUAAAUUUGUUUUGCAUCAUCAGAUUGGUGGCAGAAUUCCCUGCAACUGGAGGAAUACUUACAUCAUGGCAGUUUUACUCUGUAAAGCUCCUUAGAUAUGUCAGCUACUAUGAUUAUUUUAUUGCCUCCUGUGAAAUAACCUUUUGUAUUUUUCUUAUUGUUUUUACAACACAAGAAGGCAAAAAAAUAAAGGAAUUCAAAUAUGCCUAUUUCAAAAGUAUCUGGAACUGGCUAGAAUUACUGCUUUUACUGUUGUGUUUUGUGUCUGUUUCCUUCUAUGUAUACUGUAAUUUGCAAACUUACCUCCUACUUGGAAAGUUGUUGCAAAAUACUGAAAAAUAUUCAGACUUCUAUUUUCUUGCAUACUGGCACAUUUAUUACAACAAUAUAAUUGCUAUUACUAUCUUCUUUGCAUGGAUAAAGAACAUGUUCCUGGCAAUAAUUAAUGAUACCUAUUCUGAAGUGAAAGCUGACUAUUCAAUAGGCAGAAGGCCAGAUUUUGAACUUGGUAAAAUGAUAAAACAAAGUUACAAUAAUGCUCUUGAGAAACUAAAUCUGAAGAAAGCUGAAAAAGAUGAAGACAAGAAAAUGAAAACCAGUGGAGAUUUGGCUGAAGAAGCCAGAAAAGAAGGCUUUGACGAAAGUGAAAUCCAAAGGGCAGAGCACAUGAGAAAAUGGAAAGAGAGACUUGAGAAAAAGUAUUACUCUGCAGAAAUUCAGGAUGACUACCAGCCUGUCACCCAACAAGAAUUCCGAGAACUCUUUUUAUAUGCUGUGGAGCUGGAGAAGGAAUUACACUACAUCAGUUUAAAACUAAACCGAGUGAUGAGAAAGUUUUCAGCUCUACAAGACAAGUGAGUCAUUCUGUAAGAAAAAGGCAACCGAAGAAUUCAGUGUGAAGACUUUCUCGUUUUUCUUCAGUAAUGGAAAAAAAAUGUUGGUGUAACAAAAAGUUUUGUAUUUCCAAAGUUCUUGAAAGGAUAAAAUUCUAGUCUUUAGCUAAUAGGAUGUAUCUGUAGUGCAAAACAAUGAAGAAAACGGCAUAUGUUUCCUAGAGGUGGAGAGGUCGGUCUUGGUUACUAUGGAACAUCACACUCCUGAGAGGGGCCCACUUGCCCUCCCAUCAUUUGCUUUAGUGGCACCACAACCAAGUAUAAAAUGAAAUUCUCUGAGUGCCUGAAAAAACGAACUCAAGUACCAGCCAAGUACACAUGAUAGCUUCAAGGGACACAACUGACUUUAUGAUGUGAACUUUUGAAGGAGCAUAUUUUAUAUGGAUUUUGAAGAAUCUUGUUUGCUGAUAAGAACUUCAAGAAGCCUAAGCUUCGCUUUAAUUUUCUUGUACUCCCUGUACUCCUCAAGCACUGGAACACGAUCCUCUUUCUGGGCAUUCCUAGGGGAAAAAAAAUAAAAGCUGAGAUAGCCUAUACAGCAUCUAGAAAAUGCAAACGAGAAACUGCCCAGUUAUACAGUGUUACCAAACAUAAAUCAAAAUAAAAGUUGCUCUG